AUUUUACCAUCCUAAACAGAAAUGGCUGAUGUUUUGGGUUACCUUUAUGCUGCCACUGUGGCAGGUGGUGGUGUAGUUGGUUACGUGAAAGCAGGAAGCUCAAUAUCCCUUGGAAUGGGCUUGUUAUUUGGAAGUAUCCUUGGAUUUGGCGCCCACCUGACUUCACAGGAUCCAAAGAACGUAUGGGUUACACUAGUGGCAGGGGGUAUGCUGGCAGGAGUCAUGGGUUCUAGGUUCUACAACUCGGGAAAGUUUAUGCCAGCUGGAAUGGUCAUGACAAUCAGUUUGUUGAUGGUCGGAAGAAACAUAUACAGGCUGACUCAGCCAUAAAUGAUCCUUUAGUUAGAUGACAUUCCACUUACUUCAUCAAAAGCUAGUGAUUGGAUAGCUCUAAUAAUAUAGCUAUUUUAUGCAAUAAACACUAUUAUCAUGUGGUCUGUAAAAUGAAGCCCUCUGAUUGGUCAGUUCUUGUGCUGUACCAAUCUGUAUUGCUACUGAGGUUGUCCCCGUCAGUAAUGUCCCUGAGAAGCUGUGUCUUCUGACAUUUAUAUAAUUUUAGAUUUUAACUCUAAUCCCCACCUUCAUUUCCAUUUAUAUGUGAAAACCUAAUAAAUAGUAGUACCAAUUUCUAAAACCAACUGUAUUUAAUUCUAAAAUGUGUCAUACAUGUUAAACAUGCACUACCAUUUGGAAUAUAUUUAUUAUUUGGCAAUGUAAAUAAAUGAAGUAUAUGACAAAUAAACAUGCUUUUUAUACUUAAA